AUGAAGUUUAGCCUCGCCACUGUUGCCCUCUUUGCCGGCGCCCAGGCCUUUGUCGCCACACCCGUCGAGCGCUCGCCUCCCACGCUCGUCGAGCGCGACCUGGCCACCGUCACCUCUGUGCUCGCCGACGUCAAGACGGGCUUCAGCAACCUUCAGCAAGCUGCCGCCGACUUCAACGGCGACCCCCAGCCGCUCAAGAACGAGGCCGCCGCCGUCAUCAGCAAGGUCGAGGCGGGCACCACGGCCAUUACCAACAUGACGCCGCUCACCGUCAACGAGUGCCUCUCGCUCGUCGGUCCGUCCAACGACCUCGCCAAGCAGGGCGAUGCGCUGUCCAAGGAGCUCCAGGGCCGCAAGGCCGACGUCGAGAAGGCUAAGGAGUGCGACACCGUCCGCGACUUCCUGAACACGGGAGUGACUGACGCCGAGGCCCUCAUCGCCGCGCUCAAGGCCAAGUCGCCCACCGCCGUCCAGGGAGUCGUCCAGACUCAGGGCAACAAGAUCACCAAGCCGCUCAAGGAGGCCCAGGCCGCCUUUGCCGGUGACAACUGCGUCAACGCAUAA